UGACGGUGCACCGGCACGAAGACACCUACUCGAAAGAUCCACAGCCGGAACGCAUCCCCUCCACGUUUGCACCCACUGAGGACCACACGUGUCCACUGGCCCAUACACCCGGGCCACCCUGCCGGCCACCGCAUCACCUCGUUGAACGUACUUAUACAUCGGUUAUGCCUUGUACUAAGCCCAGAACACAGCCGAUUCAUCAUAGAUAUCGAGCGAAGAGACUCGUCAAUCUAGCAUGGCUCAAGCACAGCCGACGAGAGGCGACCACGAGCACGAGAUGAACAAGGGCGCCGCCCAGGAGGAGCAGCAGCCGGGGCCGGAGCCCAUCCAGUACGGGCAUGUCUUCGCCGUGACGGGCGACCUGGCCGUGCAGCCCAUCGCGCCACGCGACGCCGCGGCGAUGCGGUCCGCGGAGGAGAGCGUGCAGGGAGGCGCGCAUGCCGGCGGCGGCGGGUUCCGCGCGGCGACGGCCAUGGAGACGGCGGCGGCGUACAACCAGGCCGUGGGCGCCGUCCGGCCCGGCCAGGCCAGCCACGCCGCGUACGGCCAGGGCAUCGCCGUCACCCAGACCCCCGUCCCCGGCGGCUGCGUCGUCACCGAGUUCGUCGCCGGCCAGGUCGUCGGCCAGUACUCCGUGGCGGACCAGCCCAUGGUCAUGGAAGAGGAGGACGCCAGCAGCAAGGUGACCAUCGGCGAGGCGAUGGAGGCGGCGGCGCUGUCCGCGGGCGACCGGCCCGUCGACGAGGCCGACGCGCAGGCCAUCCGGGCCGCGGAGGCCCAGGCCCAGGGAGCGGGCAAGACCAUGCCCGGCGGCCUCGCGGACCAGGCCCAGGCCGCUGCGCGCGCCAACCUGCGGGCCCAGAGCGACCGAGACAAGAUCAUGGUCGGCGACGUGCUCUCGGACGCGACGACGAAGCUGGCGGGCGACAGGGCGGCGGGGAGGGAGGACGCGGCGAGGGUGGUGGAGGCGGAGACGUUCGCCGAUGCCGGAGCGCGAACGAAAGCCAGCGGGGUGGGCGCCGCGGUCGCCACGGCGGCGAGGCUGAACCAAGAGGACGAUCACGCCGCUUGAGUUGUUCGCAUCACACCUCAGUCGUCAGUAAAAUCCCAGCGGGCAUGGAUGAACCAACGAGGGCGAAAUGUUGUGCAGACUUUGUUCCUGUAGUCUCGUAGGAGCAUCGUGGCAGGCGAGACAAAAAGCCUGUGCAACUUUAGCCGUGUGUAUCAAAGUUUAUGCAACUUUAAUGGGCUCUGUGUAAGAUAAGCAAAUAAAGGGUGUGCAUUCCUGCUGGUUCUGUUGACAUGGUCGUGUGUGCACAUUCUUCAUGCAGAGUAUGCUACCGUGCACUUAAUCUAGUUUGGUUGUGCUUCUUUUUAAGUAAGAAAACACGCUU